AUGAAAUCACACUACCGAAAAAAUCUCGAGAAAAAUAAAGGAGCAACAGUGGUCGGUAUCAUUGAAACAGAUAUGACUUUUCUGAAGGAGCAAAAUCUUAUCCAACCGGUAGAACCAGAAGAAGGCGUAAGAGCAAAGAGACACUACAAAGUCGGGUAUGAACUUGUUAUGAUCGUGAACGAUCGUAACAUGAGAUGGGAGGCACGAUAUCCUGCCGGAGGGAAAGUGCAGGGCACAGGACAAGUUUCUAUUGCAGCAGCAUUUGUCCCUGGUACUAAGUGA